UCUGAGGACAUCCUGGGCAAGGCUCUCAGUCUUCUUCGGAGUUGAUUGCCUUCUCCUUAAUGACGGCAUAUCCUGUGUCACUGCUUCCCAGGGCUCCGUGAAGCUGCUCAGAAGCCCUUGAGAACACUUUUCAGCCAGGCAGCUUGCCUGGUCACUAUGAACCAUGGCCCAGCUAUACUACAAAAAAGUCAACUUCUCCCCGUACCGAGACCGGAUCCCACUGCAGAUCGUGCGGGCGGAGGCAGAGCUCUCGUCGGAGGAGAAAGCUUACCUCAGUGCCGUGGAGAAAGGAGACUAUGCCAGUGUGAAACAUGCCCUGCAGGAGGCAGAGAUCUACUACAACAUCAACAUCAACUGCAUGGAUCCUCUGGGUCGCAGUGCCCUCCUCAUAGCCAUAGAGAAUGAGAAUCUGGAGAUCAUGGAGCUGCUGCUGAGCCACAGCGUCUACGUGGGGGAUGCUCUGCUCUACGCCAUCCGGAAGGAGGUGGUGGGAGCUGUGGAGCUGCUGCUCAAUUACAGGAAGCCCAGUGGUGAAAAACAGGUUCCAACGUUGAUGAUGGACACCCAGUUCUCGGAGUUCACUCCGGACAUCACCCCGAUCAUGCUGGCCGCUCACACCAACAACUACGAGAUCAUCAAACUGCUGGUCCAGAGGAGGGUGACAAUCCCACGGCCACACCAGAUCAGGUGCAACUGUGUGGAAUGUGUCUCCAGCUCCGAGGUGGACAGCCUGAGGCAUUCCAGGUCAAGGCUGAACAUCUACAAAGCCUUAGCCAGCCCUUCUUUGAUUGCCUUAUCGAGCGAGGAUCCCAUCCUGACCGCCUUCCGGCUGGGCUGGGAGCUGAAGGAGCUGAGCAAGGUGGAAAAUGAGUUCAAGGCUGAAUAUGAAGAGCUCUCCCAGCAGUGCAAGCGUUUUGCUAAGGACCUGUUGGAUCAAGCACGGAGUUCCCGGGAGCUGGAGAUCAUUCUCAAUCACAGGGAUGAUCAAAGCGAGGAGCUGGAUCCCCAAAAAUGUCAUGAUUUGGCAAAGCUGAAGGUAGCAAUAAAGUAUCACCAGAAGGAGUUUGUUGCUCAGCCAAACUGCCAGCAGCUACUAGCAACGCUUUGGUACGACGGCUUCCCAGGCUGGAGGAGGAAACACUGGGCAGUGAAACUCCUGACCUGUGUCACCAUUGGACUGCUUUUCCCUGUGCUAUCCGUGGCAUACCUGAUUGCACCCAAGAGCAGGCUGGGACUGUUCAUUAAAAAGCCAUUUAUCAAGUUUAUCUGCCACACUGGCUCUUACCUGACCUUCCUGUUCAUGCUCCUGCUGGCGUCGCAGCACAUCGUCAGGACUGACCUCCACAUGCAGGGGCCACCUCCCACCAUCGUGGAGUGGAUGAUCCUGCCCUGGGUUCUAGGUUUCAUCUGGGGAGAAAUCAAGGAAAUGUGGGAUGGUGGAUUCAAUGAGUAUGUACAUGACUGGUGGAAUCUGAUGGAUUUUGCAAUGAACUCCCUCUAUCUUGCAACUAUCUCCCUUAAAAUUGUUGCCUAUGUCAAGUACAAUGGAUCUCGGCCGAGGGAGGAGUGGGAGAUGUGGCACCCGACCCUGAUUGCAGAAGCCCUUUUUGCAAUAUCCAACAUCCUGAGCUCCCUGCGCCUCAUCUCCCUGUUUACAGCCAACUCACACCUGGGACCCCUGCAGAUUUCUCUGGGACGCAUGCUGCUAGACAUCCUCAAGUUCCUUUUUAUCUACUGCCUGGUGCUUCUGGCUUUUGCCAAUGGACUGAACCAGCUUUAUUUUUAUUAUGAGACCAGUGCCUCGGAGGAACCCAACAACUGCAAGGGGAUCCGAUGUGAGAAACAGAACAAUGCCUUCUCCACACUUUUCGAGACCCUCCAGUCACUCUUCUGGUCAGUGUUUGGGCUGCUGAAUCUCUACGUCACCAACGUGAAAGCCAGACACGAGUUCACAGAAUUUGUUGGGGCCACGAUGUUUGGGACCUACAACGUGAUCUCCCUGGUUGUGCUGCUGAACAUGCUCAUAGCCAUGAUGAACAACUCCUACCAGCUCAUUGCUGACCACGCAGACAUCGAGUGGAAAUUCGCACGGACUAAGCUCUGGAUGAGUUACUUUGAUGAAGGAGCCACUCUGCCCCCUCCUUUUAACAUUGUCCCCAGCCCCAAGUCGGUGUGGUACCUCUGCAAGUGGAUCCACAACCAGCUGUGCCCAGGUGAUGACUCUGAUGAUGAACAGAAGAGGCACGAAAACCUCAAAACGUUCACGGAACGACAUGCUGACAACCUGAUUCAGAAUCAACAUUACCAGGAAGUGAUAAGAAAUCUUGUGAAAAGAUACGUUGCUGCAAUGAUAAGAACUUCCAAAACCAACGAAGGUUUAACUGAAGAAAACUUCAAGGAAUUAAAACAGGACAUCUCGAGCUUCCGCUAUGAAGUGCUUGACCUCUUAGGCAACAGGAAGCCCCAGAGGAGAAGUUACUCCACCAGCAGCACAGAGGUGUCCCAAAAGGAUGAAACAAAUGAGGACGGUGCUGGAGAAAAAUCCAGAGCCAAGAGCGUGUCUUUCAAUGUAGCCAACAAAAAAAAGGACUUCAACGUGUCUGCUCUGAUUAAAACCAUGUCUGGGAUCAACAUGGUGGAAGAGAAGCCAAAAAGCAACGGGAUCAGCAAGCGCUCCUUUGUGAGGAACGGGAACAGAGUGCAGAGACUGUCCAGCUCCAAGAAGGAAUCCUUCAAGAGGCUGGGGCUGCUCUUCUCCAAGAUGAACGGCCACGUCCCCGAGCCCAGCUCAGAGCCCAUGUACACCAUCUCAGAUGGCAUCAUCCAGCCCCACUACAUGUGGAAAGACAUUAAAUAUUCUCCCAUGGACAGAGAGAGAGAAGAGAAUUGUUCCAAAAGUGAAAUUAACCUCAAUGAGGUGGCCUACAGUGGGAACACGAGACUUACGGGACAGAGCAAGGAGUGCCCUGUGGUUUGUACCAGCUCCCUUCACUGUGCUUCCAGUAUUUGUUCCUCUAACUCCAAACUUAUAGACUCGUCAGAGGAUGUGUUUGAUUCAUGGGGAGAGGCCUGUGACUUGUUUAUAAACCAGUGGAAAGAGGGGCAGGAGGAUCACGUUACCACUCGGCUCUGAGCAAAGCUCCCUUAACUCUCACUGGAAAACUCAGCCAAGUAUGGGUAAUUGUUUGUUCUCAUCUGGUUCAGCAUCACUGUUUCCUUUUCUGUCCACAGGUGAAAAAAAAGUGUAAACCUCCUUAUGUUACAGCCUAUUUUAUAGCCUUCUGCACCUUUUUUAAUUUACAUUUUUUUUACACUCGCUAAUACUAAGCUAAUGGUUUCACCAUUUAUAAGGUUGCCAUAAACCACAGGAAUCCCUUUGGAUGCAGUCUUAGUCUCCAAACCCCACAGACUCCAGGCAUGCAGGUGGCUGAGGAGAGGAUUUCUCCAGUCUCCCAUCAUCAUCCCACCCCAGCUGGGUUUCAGUGCUGCUGUCCAACACCAUUGGCUCUGAUCCUGCUCAGUUUUCCUCAUCAACACAAACAGCUGUUGAGCAGGAGGCUGAGAACCACACUGAAAAUAUUUUUUAAAAGGGUUUCGACCUGUAACUGAGUUGUUUGGGGGUUUUUUCGUUUCCUUUAAGCAAUAUGACUUCUGGUUGUUUUGGUUGUGCUUGUUUUUUCAGGUCAUUAUAUUAAUAUUGUAAAUUAUUACUGAAUAUGAGACCCCUUUGAUCAUCCACCUGGAACAUGAUUUUGUUGCUAACAUACUUGCUUAUUUACCUAAUUUCCCUUUUGGGGAGCAGAAGGACCUUCCAAUUAGGCUGACAGUGGGAGCCAGCACCUGGCCUUGCCUCCAACUCCUGUGUAGAUGAACUGAAAAGAGAACAACCCCAAACCAACCCUGGCUGCUUGAAAUACAAACCUCAGAUUAGUUUCUAAUAGGCUGAACCAAAACCCAGCUCUAAGCCUUGCCCUUAUUUUGCAGUCCCUGAUUUUACUUCCAGUGCUGCACUCACUUUUUGCUGCCUCUCUGAUGGGUGUCAGGCUUCAGGAGGAAAUCCAUCUCCUGGGGAGAACAUCUUCCCUGGGCCCCUGAGCUGCAGGUCUGAAAAGCAGCCUAAGCAAGAGCUGCCAGCUACUGGAGCAGCUCUGCAGGUCCUUCUCUGAGCUGCAGCAAAAAGGAGUGUGGCAGGAGGGGGCAUCUUUUAUUAUCUUUUAUUUCCCCAGCUGUGGGAGUGUCUGGACAGGGUUUAGCACUGUCACUGCUGACCCAAGGAGCAUCAGAGGGGGAAAAAAAGAAAACCCUGUCAAGGGCAAGGUGGCUGAAUUCUUAACAGGGAUUUUUAGGGGGAGUUUAUUGUAAUUUUUUAGCAGUGAUGCUAAGAAACACAAAUGAUUGGCACUCAGCAGCACCUCAGAGCUGUUCUGGAGGGAGCAGGUCCUGCCCAGGAGCGCGGGAAUGGUUUCAUUCCCGCAGGGAUCUGCUCCCAGGAGGGGUUCUGUGAGCUCCAGCUUCCCCAGGGUGGCUGCCGGCAGUCACCUCACCUGGGAACUGGGCUGGGAAUUGCCUCUGGAGAAAGGUAAUGCUGGAAAAUCCACUCCUGCUACUGGAGCAGGCCAGGUUUCAGCAGCGAGGGGCACGAGCAGCUCUGCUGGCAGCACGGAGGGUCAGGAGCAGAGGGAUGAGAGAUGCUGGAACACCUGCAGCUGGAUGCUCUGCCCCAGUUUCAAACCUGGCUCCCUCCUCUUGAGAGGGAAAACUCCCCUUGUGGGGCUUUUCCUUGGGGCAGAUUCACCCAGGAAGUGGAGCACAGAGAGGAAUGUGAGUGCUGCAGCAGCCAACACCCUGAACUCGUGGAAAUGUUCAGUGCAGACCUCUGUGGCCCCAGGGCAGCCCUGGUGUUGAGAUAAAUCAGCAGCAAGGAGCCGAGACUCAAAACCACUUCUGUAUUCCUUGCUUGUAAUGACAGCAGUCUUGUUACCAGCAGGCAGUGUCAAACCCCAAAUAUUUAAGCCUCUGGAUGUGUGUGUUAGGGCAGAGUGAAAGGCAUUUUUGUAUCAACAGAUUUCAGGCUUUCACGCUAAUUGCAGGGUUAGAGUUGUCUUUGAAAACUGCAUUUCCUCUUCCCUGGUGGAAGGCUGAGCAAACUGACAUUGGUGGUACACAAGGAGACUGGCAAAACCCGAGGGUGGGGAGCAGCUUGCUGAUCAUUCCGUGAGGAAAUCAGGCACCCCUGGCUGGAGGAGCAAACCCAUGGAGAGGGGAGAGCCACAGCCAGAACCCGCCGAGGCAGUGCUCACAAUAAAACCCCCACAGGUCAACAAACCAAACCUUGCCCAUUUCUGCAAGGAUAAACAUCAGCAGGAGCUGCUACAGGGGGGAGAAUUUGAAUCCUUGGAUGUCUCACCUAACCCACACUGCAGCCUGUGAACUCCACUUGACGUGGGGCCAGCAAAUCUUUGUGGCAUUUCCUGGGUAAGGAGGAAGAAUGAAAACAAUUUGAGUACAGUUAUGCAGAUUACAUCAACUGGGCUUGAAACCGGGCCAGAAAUUGGUAUUUAUGUCCUUGGACAACAAAAAGGCUCUGAAGUGUUCAGUGAGAACAAGCACACAGCCGCUGGUGACGCUCACAUGGUGUCACUCCAACGCGUCACCAGGUAUGAACAACACAAAGAAACUGAAUUAACUCUGCAGUGCUGCCCCCAAAAUUGCAAAAAUCCCUUCCCUGCAGACACCAUGAGUUACGUUCUCCUGCUGUGUCCCAGGAGCUGCCACAUCCAGAUCUGCAAAUUUAGCACAUCCCCAGUGCUGUGCUGAGGGGGGAGAUGCUUCACGUGGCUCCGUGGCUGGGGCUCCCCUGGGCUUUGUUUCAUGACUGAGAUCCUUCCUUGCUCCCAGCUACGAGCUGACUUUGGAGUUCAACACAAAUAUUUGAUUUGGCUGUGAUUAAUACAUGUGUCCGGGAGUUUGCAGAACUCAAAUUGGUCCCCCAAAAGGCAAAAUUCUCUUUGAUUGCAUCUAUGCAUCCCUGUUGAUAGCAAUAGACUUUGGAGCAGCUGGUGAAUUAUUAUUAUGCUGAAACAGGAGCUUCAGGGGAGUGAAAUUGGAGUAGCUUCUGAAAAAUACAUUUGAUUAAAAAAAAAGAAAAACAAACCAACCCAGGUUUUGAUAAUUCAUUUGCAGCACAGUAUUUGGGACUUCACCAGUAUUUUUCUGCUUUAAAUUGCUCAAAAAAGAAAACAUGUUUUAGUGAAAGUUCUUCUUUCUGUCAGAGAAAUCAGUGAUGACCCCUGUGCUGUCUCUGCAAGGGCCAGGGUAGGAGCUGAUGGAACACCUGAGUUUCUCCUGUGAGGAGUUAAACUUUUCCUUGGCUCAGCUGGCUCACACCUGGCCUUUAUUCUGUGGGCUUCAAGAAGGAUCCUUGUAUAUGUACAUGGAGUUUGGAGUUAGGAAGGACAGAAUUCUCAACCAUUUCCCCUUUCUUAGAUUUCUUGCUCUUGAAGUUGCGGUUUUUUUCUCACCUCCCAUCCCAAUGCCAUUUUCACCUGGCUUUUUAAAGCAGCACACCUGCAAACGGUGAUGGAAUUAUGGAAUGGUUUGGGUUGGAAGGGAUCUUAAAGUUCUUGUUUCAACCCUCCUGCCAUGGGCAG